AUGUUUUUUUCAGAUAUCGCGCAACGGCCACAUUCCCCGUCACAAUCGGCCUUGCUCUGCCGUCUCUGUGUCACUCCUUGCAACGUCGCCAUCACGCUCGCAACGAAACACCCUCCUGUCGCCUUUCCUCUCUCACGUCGCCUUUCCUCUCUCACGUCGCCUUUCCUCUCUCCCGUCGCCUUUCCGCUCUCCUGUCGCCUUUCCUCUCUCCCGUCGCCUUUCCUCUCUCUCGUCGCCUUUCCUCUCUCCCGUCGCCUUCCUCUCUCCCGUCGCCUUUCCUCUCUCCCGUCGCCUUCCUCUCUCGUCGCCUUUCCUCUCUCCCGUCGACUUCCUCUCUCCCGUCGCCUUCCUCUCUCCCGUCGCCUUCCUCUCUCCCGUCGCCUUCCUCUCUCCUGUCGCCUUCCUCUCUCCCAUCGCCUUUUCUCUCUCCCGUCGCCCUUCCUCUCUCCCAUCGCCUUUCCUCUCUCCCAUCGCCUUCCUCUCUCCCGUCGCCUUUCCUCUCUCCCGUCGCCUUCCUCUCUCUUAUCGCCUUUCCUCUCUCCCGUCGCCUUCCUCUCUCCCGUUGCCUUUCCUCACUCUCGUCGCCUUCCCUCUCCCCCGUCGCCUUUCCCCUCUCUCGUCGCCCUUCCUCUCUCCUCGCCUUCCUCUCUUGUCGCCCUUCCUUUCUCCUCGCCUUCCUCUCUCGUUACCCUUCCUCUCUCCCAUUGCCCUUCCUCACUCCCGUCGCCCUUCUUCUUCCGCCUCCCGUCGCCCUCGCGUCCCAUCGCAAUCGACUUCCCAACGCACUCCCGUCACCCUCCCUGUCGGCCUCCCAUUGCUCGUACUGUCGCUCGUCCAAUCGCACGUACCGUCACUCGUCCCGUCGUUCGUUACGAACGCCCUCCCGUUCCGACGCACUCGCGAAAUCCCAAAUCAUCUCGUAGUAAUAUCGAUCUUGCUCUCUCCCCUCCCUUUCCGUCACCCUUGCUCUCUCCCCUCCCUUUCCGUCGCCCUUGCUCUCUCCCCUCCCUUUCCGUCGCCCUUGCUCUCUCCCCUCCCUUUCCGUUGCCCUCGCUCCACCUCAUCUCACCAACCCCAAUGCCCCUCCCAUCUCCCUACCACUGCGGAUUUUGCUCACGCAUCUCUCCUUUCGCGUCCUCCAUAGACAUGGUCUAA